GCGUCGACGGGGUUAGUGAAUGUUUUGGAUCAAGUUACUGCACCAGUACCAGGUACAGAGGCUCCAGGGGCACCAGGCGCACGGGAAACUUCGGGGCUUGUGGAUGAUUCUGUUGAUGCAACAGGAUCAAAUUCUGUUUCGGAGAACCAUGUAGCUACAGGGGUGACAGAAGAUGCUGCAUCGGCAGCGCCGGCAGCUGCAGCACCCCCUGACAAUCGUUAUCAACUACUCGUGCGGCCCAUUGUGAAGACGUUCAUUAAUCAGCGUGAUUCGUCAGCUGAAACACUGCGUGAUGCUGUUUUUACUGGACGGUCGUUCAACGCUAUUAUGGAGGCUGUUUGGGAAAUGGCUAAACUUGUGCAGUUCAAGGUGAAGAAACGUGUAGUAGACUCCACCAAGUCUCGCCAGGAAUGGAAUCAGUGGCUUGUGGCAACGCGAGGGACAGCGGUGACGCUCAUGAUUUACGAAUAUGGCAUGGCCAUUGCGUCGGCAAAAGAUCGGGACGAGUUCAUGAAGGCAUGCAUUUGUGGUGGAGUGGGAUUCGCAAAAUCGCGUUGCGAUCCACUCAGACACACAGUGCCCUGGACUGCCGACUGA